CACGCUCCGUUCAACAGUACCGGUCAUAGUUCAAAAGUGCCGUCUAUAAGAUCGCUGUGCACUUGAUUAUUCGUUUACUUCGUUUCAAUUAACUCGUCGUGUAUGCCUUUUGAGAUUUAAGCGCGAGUAAGAAGAAAUGCCUACGUGCAAUUCUGACAGUUUGUCGCGAGUGUCGUGGCCCAGCAAUGAAAGUAUUCAUGCUGGGAGUAGUUCGGGUGGUUCAGGACUGCCAAGUCCCAAUUCUCCACUUUGCCUUUCUCCCGGGACUACAUCUCCAGAUGGUACUUGGAGAAAAAGACGAAUCCGAAGAACUUCCUCACUAGGAAGCGUUAUACGAGAGCCUUUUGUGAUCAGAUCUGAUGCGAGAGAUUUCAGAAGCCAAAGUCCAGUGCCGCAAAAUUUACCUCAAGAAGAAGAAACCUAUUCAUCUUUAACUUCAAUAAUUGGAUGGUACCCGAUGUUUCUUUUCAGAAUAGUAAAAGCAGUUAUUGUGGGAAUUUUGCCCAAAACAUGGAAGCAACUCAUACUUGCUUUGCCAAUGUUAUGGAUCUCUAUGUGGUUCUGGUUUUUCACACAACUGAUGCAAUUGCCGUGGAAUAUUUUGAGAUUCACUUUAACCAUGCUUUUGUCCACGAAAAUGCCUGGGAAACAGAAAAAGAGGACAGUUCUUAUUAGCGGGGGCAGUACCAUUCAAGCCUUACAUUUAGCCAGAAACUUUUACUCUGCAGGUGCCAGAGUGGUUGUCUGUGAAGUGCAAGGAGUAUUUGCUUUAGCUCGUUACUCAACAGCUGUCAGUAAAUUUUACACAGUACCAAAACCUACAAGUGAUCAACUUCAAAACUACGUGAGAGCCCUUUGUGAAAUUGUUGAUAAAGAAGAUGCCGUUUAUUAUAUUCCGGUAAGCGCCACUACUUCUGCUUAUUAUGAUGCUGUUGCCAAGCCACAUUUAGAACUUUUAGGAUGCACUUGCUUUUGUCCUGGUAUAAAAGAAGUUUGGGUCCUAGAUGAUACAUUGGAAGUUUUGAAAAGAUGUGAAAAAUAUAACAUCAGUACUCCAAAUUAUUAUGUUGUAACUUCAAAAGAAGAUGUUUAUAGAUUGUAUGAUACUGGUACCAUAAGGAUAGGAAAUUAUGUAAUGUCAACAGCAGGCCCUAGUGGGCUGAGAGAUAGGGCUAAAGUUAUCUUACCGUUGUCCAGGAAUGACUUGAAGUUGCCUAGUGAUAUAAGUCAGCAAAGACCAUGGGUUGUAGUGCAAGAUUUAGAAGGCGAUCAUUAUUUAACUUGCACUACAGUUAAAGAGUCUCAGGUAAUAGCAAAUGUUACUUGCAAACUUGAUGAAAGUAAUGGUUUGAUGCCACUGGAUCAUAACGAAAUCAAUCAAUGGCUAACAAAUUUCUUCAGCAAAUUACAUCUACUAAGACCAAUAACUGGACAUGUGAGCUUCAGAUUUGUCGUGUCCAAGGACACCAACACCAUAAAACCUUUAAGCAGCAGAGUUGGGGUGUCAUUACCGUACAUUUGCUAUACCAACGUCCAUCCUCGACUGGUAUGGCGACCUUGUCGUCACUUCAAAAGACAAGAUUCUGGACCGUUGGUAAAUGGUUGUGGUACCUACAAAAUGUCCGAUACAGUUUUGACAACUUUAAGAAAUCCUUCUUUGGAAUCUGUUACUAAGCUAAUAGGGACUGUUCUGGAUAAACGUGAGGCUUUGUUUACUUUAUGGGAUCCUUUGCCUUAUUGUGCUUACUAUCACAUGCAAUUACCCUUCAAAAAUAUGUUGGGGUUUAUGAGGAGGAGACAGGAUCAGUUCCCUAGACCUAUGACCAGCCCUGUGCGCUAAUAAAGGAUUUUUUUAGGAGAGAGAUAAAGACAAAAUUGGUUAAUGGAUGUAGUUUGAUUUACAUCCACUGAAUGGUAAUUUGGAUUUUUUUUGUAUAAUUAUUUUUGUAGAUAUUAAUUGUAGGUAGUCCGUCCUUUAGUUUAUGUCUUAGAUUUAGUUAAUUAACGUUAUCAUUUUCUGUGUCAUAAUUAAUUAUUGUUUGCAAGAUAAUCGACAUAUUAUUGUCUUAAAGUGAAACGUUUUUAUGAACUCUCGCUGCACAAACAACCUGUUUUAUCUUACUCGGUGUCUAUUUUUGUCAAAUUUUAUCUUUUUUUUUUUUAUAUUGCAAUUUAUUUUAAUUAUUGCUAUAUUUGUUAUAUACAUGUAUAUUUUUUUGUUAUCUUUCAGGAUGUACUUUGCAUUUAUGUGCGUCAAAACGGUAUCAUUGUAUCAAUGCCUUUAAACAAUUUUAAUUAAUAUAAUAAAAUUAACACUAUUGAAUGAUUUA